UUGGUAACUAAAGGGUUAAAAUUAAAAUUGCAACUAGAAAAUGGUGGUCGAUUUGUUUCUAUGGUAACGGAUACAUGUACUCACUGAAGACAUGCACUCAAGAGCUUAUCUCUUACUAAAGAGAGAUCUACUUAACUUUGAGCGACUACCAAUCGAAGGUCUAACUGCAUCCCCUGUAUCUGAAGAUGAUCUCUACAAUUGGAAUGCUGUCAUAAAAGGGCUGGCCGGAACACCAUGGGAAGGAGGUAUCUUUCAUUUAAGACUAAAAUUCACAAAUGCUUACAAUACUUCUCCACCUUUUGUCCAGUUUAUGACUAUACCGUAUCAUCCCAAUGUCCAUCCUGUUAGUGGUGUGCCAGCAUUGGAAAUACUCAGCAAAGAGCACUGGAAUGAGACCUACACAAUGUCUAGCAUACUAAUGAAGAUACAAGUAUUACUGAGUGAGCCUGAAUUAGACUCUGGCUGCAUUUAUAAUCAACAAGCAGCUUAUUACUACGUUCAUGCCAACCACACAUACAAGCAACUGGUAUUUGACUGUGUCACUGCAAGUUUAAGGAUACAAGCUGGAUUGAUGCCUUAUGAAAGCACAGAAGAGAGCAAGACUGAUUUUGUGGACCAUGGGCCAGUUACAAGCUCAACUUCUCCUCUCUUUCCUCCUCCUCCUCCUGCUCCAACUGGACAAAAGCAAAGAUUUAAACAGACAAAAAAGAAAAUACCUUUUGAUGACUAUCAUGCACUCUGGCAGGGACUGGCUACAACUGUUCCAGCAUAUGACCCAAAAAAUCAGUUUAUGCAGCUUCUGGAUAGAGAUAGUUUCUUAAAGCAGGUGCAUUCUGGUGAGGACUAUCAAAAAACUGGAGACUUACAAAAGCUAACAUCUGACCACUUGACACUAAAGUAUGGUAUCUCCAGGAGAGGAGGAGGAGGAAGUGGUGGAGGAGGUAGAAAUGGAAAGAAGGUGAUGACAAUGAAGGACAGACAGAAAAGGAUUGCUGAAUUGGCUGCACUGUAUGCAACUAAAGUCACAUCGCCUCUACCACCAAUAAGCACUGCAGAUGGCUCACAUCGAACGGACACUAUCAAUAUUGAUGAAUUGGUGGCAUGGACUGAGGCAUUGGAUGAAAAGGAGCUAGAGAAUGUUACUGUCAGUUAGUACAGACGAUAGCCAUUCAUUGGACUACAGCAACAAUUUUUGUUUUAUUUUAUUUUUCUACAAAAUAACAAUCAACCUCUUUUUAAUAAUAAUCAGAACAGAAUAUUAAUUUU